AUGAUCAAUAUCUAAGAUUUGGAAACCAUUUUAUCAAAUUCAAUAUAACCUAUUGUGAUUCUCAAUAUUCAAAGAUUAAUUGAAUUCAAUAUUCUCCAAGAAGACAUAGCAUUGAGAGUUUAUUUUAUAUUCUAGAUAAACUUUAAAAGAUUUUGA